AGUGUACAGCAGCAGUCUGGCUAGAUUUGCUGCUAGCCACGGUGGAUCAGCUGAUAUUUCAGGGGAUGUUCGUGUAGAUGACCGCUUCACCUGCUCGUGAGCUCAGCUCUCUGAAGAUGUGCCGCUGAAGAAUGCGAUAGAUAUUACGUCUGCAGUGAGUUCGGAGACUCUUGUCAUCCCAGUUGUCAUGGAGAAGCCAUGGAGGUUAUGGGGGGCAUUGGAGGCGUGUUUGCUGACCAUGUGCGCCUGGUCCUGGGGAGUCUGCCGUGUCUCCCUGCUGGCCCUCAUUCUGACCUUCCACCUGUAUGGAGGCUUCAUCUUGCUGGGACUCAUCCUGGCCUCUGUGGCCGGCAUCCUGUACAAGUUCCAGGACGUGCUGCUCUACUUUCCCGACCAGCCCUCAUCCUCACGCCUUUACGUUCCAAUGCCAACGGGAAUCCCCCACGAGAAUGUGUACAUCCGCACCAAAGAUGGCGUGCGGCUCAACCUCAUCCUGCUCCGUUGGACCGGCGAAAACCCUGCCUCUGCUCCCACCAUUUUAUAUUUCCACGGCAAUGCAGGGAACAUCGGCCACCGUGUCCCAAACGCGCUGCUCAUGCUGGUCAAUGUGAAGGCCAACGUGGUGCUGAUGGACUACAGAGGCUACGGAAAGAGCGAAGGAGAACCUAGCGAAGAGGGACUGUACCAGGACGCCGAGGCCACCUUGGAUUACGUCAUGACCCGGCCGGACAUCGACAAGACCAAGGUGGUUCUAUUCGGCCGCUCAUUGGGUGGCGCCGUGGCCAUCCGUUUAGCAUCGUGCAACCCACAUCGAGUGGCUGCCAUCAUGGUGGAGAACACUUUCCUGAGCAUCCCGCACAUGGCGGCCACGCUGUUCUCUUUCUUCCCCAUGCGUUACCUACCGCUCUGGUGCUACAAGAACAAGUUUCUGUCCUAUAGAUAUGUUGCACUGUGCCGUAUGCCAUCUCUCUUCAUUUCGGGCUUAUCAGACCAACUCAUCCCUCCGGUGAUGAUGAAACAGCUGUACGAGCUGUCACCGUCUCGGACUAAACGCCUCGCCAUCUUUCCCGAGGGUACGCACAAUGACACCUGGCAGUGCCAGGGUUAUUUUGCCGCCCUAGAGCAGUUUAUGAAAGAGCUUCUUAAAAGCCAUGCCCGAGAAGAGACGGCCCAGGGGACGGCCAACGUCACCAUAAUCUAGAACAGUAACUACUGUUGACUGCUUUAAAUCUGGACCCUCUCAGAUAGAAUGUACAAUUUAUUCUCUCUUUUUUUAUUAUUUCUCUUCUCCCCAUCUUCAUAAGCUCUUUCUUUCCAUUGAUCACACACCAAGAAUUCACUAGUUACAAUUUAAUUUAUUUAAUAGAGAAGGCUGAAUUUUUUAAGACUUCAGAAUAUUUUUUGUCAGUUUUUAUAUUAAGUAUGAAUGCAUCUGCCUCAAGAAUGCAAUGCCCUCACAGUCCUUUUCUUUAUUUGCUGACAAUUUUUGCCCUCAAAAGUAUACUUAAAUCCCUACCACCUGCAAACGCAAUUGGAAAUAGUUAUUUGCCUAAUCACAAUGGUCAGAACUACUUUCUGAGCUUGAACUGUUCAGUUUAGGCAUCGGUUUUAGAGUAGUGGUUUAAAAUUCACGAGUAACAUCAUAAUGUCUGUGAUUAACAUUGCUUAAGACUAGGGAUGCACCGAAAUUAAAAUUCUUGGCCGAAGCUGAACA